CAACAAAAAGACAAAAGACAAAAAAGAAUUAAUGAACGAAUAUAUAAUUUCUCUUCUUAAUCUGCCUGUCUUUGGUUUUUCCCAUUGACCUAGGAAGUGAAUCUAUAUUGAAUCUAGGAGGUAGAGGGAAAGUCUUUGCUCUCCUACAGGUAAAAGGGAAGGGCAAUGGGCAAUUCACGAGUAAAGAAAUACUCAACAGCAACAAAUAUACCAGCAAGGAAAAAAAUGCGCGUGCGGGUUCCACGAAACUCCACGGUGCAGUUAGCAGAAAAGUAUGAACUAAAGAAAAGUACAAUGGGUUGGUUGGCCCGGUUUUCUGUGGAGACAGUGGGGGAAAAGAGGAUGGUGUAAACGUGCAGAGGAUUCCUGGUGGGCUUUCCCUGCAGAAUCAGCAGAGCUGUCUGAGCCCUCUGGCCUCCACGCCACUGCUCCCAGAGAGGGGCGUGGCCACGCUAGGGGCGGGGUUGCGCAGGCGGCCGUCGCUGUGGGAACGAGAGAGGGGGCGUGGCUGCCCCUGGCUGAGGCAGGGCAUUGGCUGUGGCUGCCGCGGCGGCCAGAGCCCAGCCUGUAAGGGAGGGAGAGGGCGGGGCGCGAGGGCUGCCUGCGGGCGGCUCCAGGCUUCCCCUCCACCUGCCCGCCGGCUCGCGCAGCGGUCCACUGGCGGGGCCGGCGCCGGGCCAGGCCCAUGGCGGCGUCCUCGGCCCUGUCUGCGGCGGCGGCGGCGGCAGCCCUGUCCGGCCUGGCCGUGCGACUGUCGCGCUCGGCCGCGGCGCGCGGCUCCUACAGCGCCUUCUGCAAGGGGCUCACGCGCACACUGCUCACCUUCUUCGACCUGGCCUGGCGGCUGCGCAUGAACUUCCCCUACGUCUACGUCUUGGCCUCGGUGAUGCUCAACGUGCGCCUGCAGGUGCGGAUCGAGUGAGCGCCCGCCGCCACCACCGCCCGGCCACGACAGCAGGGGCGCGGGCAUGAGGGACGGCGGGGCCAGGGGCCACCUAGACGGGCGGGAAGGAAUCGAGACCGCUCGGGCCCCCGGGCCUUAGACCUCCGCGGAGGACACGGCCACCGAGCUCGGACCUGGCCGCGACCCGCCCACCCACGUCGCGGCUGGAGCCGCGGCGCACAGAAAGCCGCGAAACGGGCCCUUUGCAUUGGCCUCGACCUGUUGCCUCCCCUUGGCCGAAGAGGAAAGCAGAAGGAAGACAUUCUUCAGCCGGAAAGUGAAAGACUGGCCCGGACCCAAAAGGACCUGGUGUUACAGGAGGUGACCCGCUCCUUCUCUGGUCUCCUCCAGGGAGGCAAGGUGGGCCCAGAGCUGCCUGGGGAGCAGCCAAGAGAAGGGCCCGACCCAGGAGGAGAGGAAGGGCCUUCCAGGCAGAGACCCUGAGAGCCGGGCUGGCCCAGUGGUCUGGUUCUGGCGAGAGGAAGGAAGGACGGACCUAGGACGCUGUGGGGGAGCUCUGUCCUCCUCAGCCACUGACUGGGGACACUGGGGCUCCCGGAGGGGGGAUUGGCCCUUGUUACACAGAUAAGAAGCAGUGGAGCUGAAUCUGCCUUUGGCCUGCACCCCCACCCCACCCCCGAGUCUUCCGGAAGACCUGGCACUGUGGGAUGGGGGAGGGGAGCCCAGGCUCCCUGGGGACUCGGGGGGAGGGCAUGGGAAGGUGGGAAACUAGCUCUCCUUGGGGUGUGUGGGAGGUCACAGGGAAGACCAGGGGACUGAGCUGAGAGGGGCCCGGGAGAGACGGGUCCCAGAAGCCCCUGGGGCCGAGGGCCUCUCCCACAGAGCUGGGCCUCCCCCCCCUCCCCAGGCUUGACCCAGGGCCGCUCAGGUGAUGAAGACAAGCCUGUCCAUUUGGGGGAUGGGGUGAGGAGGCUGGGGGUGUUGGGUGGCUCCGGAGACAUGAUGUGACCAGGGGGGAAGGCUGAGCCUGGGUGGGAUGGGGCCGAGAGCCACGCGAGACCCCACCUCCCUGUCCCCAGGCUGGCCCACCUGCCCAGGUUUGCCUGGGAGAAUCUCCACUAGCGGGGCACCCGUGGUCCUGGAGGCCCGGCCAUGCUGUUGACUGGCACCCUGGGAGCGGCGCAGAGGGGGAGCCGGGAGAGCCCCUGGUCCUCCCCCCACCCCCCGGUCCCACACGUGUCCCCACACCGGUUGCUCGUGGUCCACGUCCUCAGAAUUCCUGGGACUGAAAACCUCAGCCUGGUCGCCCCAGGGACGGGGUGGCCGAGCCUCACGCCAUCUGCCCUCCUCAGCCACCCAGCUGGAGCCCGGGUCCCGGGUCCCGGGUCCCGGGUCCCGGGUGAAGAUCUCUGCCGGCCUCACUGGGGCCUGAGGCCACCUGUAGCCCCCCACACCCCUCGCAGACUGUCACAGAGCGGGCCCGAUGGCUUCCUGCCUUGUGCCACGUCGCCUGGGAGCCCCUGGUCCUGGUGGCCACUCCUCCACCCCAAGCUCGCCCACCCGGGGCCACUUCUGGGAGCCUGAGGACUGCGUGCGUGGAUCUCUGGGGCAGCCUCCGAGAGACGGUGCCACAGGGCUGCAUGGGAGGCAGCGGAGCGUCUAGAAAGUCGGGCAUCGACUUGAGUAAGACAACUUUCACUUUUCUGUGUGUGCCGAACUCUGCACCGGUCAGCACAGUCUGGUCAGAGCAACGUUCUUGUGUCGUCAAAUCUUGGCGUCUAAGAUACGAAAAAAGCCCCAUGAGUUCAAUAAAAUGAAAAGAA